AUGGAAAGAAGCAAUCAGACAGUGACAGAGUUCAUCCUGGUGGGCUUCACAACUGACCCUGUGAUGCAGCUCGUCCUGUUUGUGGUGUUCCUUGGUGUGUAUUCUGUGACUGUGGUAGGAAAUACCACACUCAUAAUGUUGAUCUGUAAUGACUCCAGGCUGCACACUCCCAUGUACUUUUUCAUUGGGAACCUGUCUUUUCUAGAUCUCUGGUUUUCUUCCGUCUACACCCCAAAGAUCCUAGCGACCUGCAUUUCUGACGACAAAAGCAUCUCCUUUGCUGGCUGUGCAGCUCAGUUCUUCUUUUCUGCUGGGCUUGGGUAUAGUGAGUGUUAUUUAUUGGCUACCAUGGCUUAUGACCGCUAUGUGGCCAUUUCCAACCCCCUGCUUUAUGCUCAGGCCAUGUCGAGGAGAUUGUGCAUCUGUUUGGUUAUGUAUUCCUAUACUGGAGGUUUUGUCAGUGCAAUACUACUCACAAGCAACACGUUCACAAUGGACUAUUGUGGUGACAAUGUCAUUGAUGAUUUUUUCUGUGAUGUCCCACCCCUGGUGAAGUUGUCGUGUGAUGUGAAAGAGAGCUACCAGGCUGUGCUGUACUUCGUCCUGGCCUCCAACGCCAUUGCACCUGCAGUGCUCAUACUGGCCUCCUACCUCUUCAUCAUUGGCGCCAUCUUGAGGAUCCGCUCCACCCAGGGCCGCCUCAAAGCCUUCUCCACAUGCUCCUCCCACCUGAUCUCUGUCACGUUAUACUAUGGCACCAUUCUCUACAGCUACUCUCGUCCAAGUUCCAGCUAUUCCCUUGAGAGGGACAAAAUGGUUUCUACAUUUUAUACUGUGGUGUUCCCCAUGUUGAACCCCAUGAUUUACAGUCUGAGGAAUAAAGAUGUGAAAGACGCCGUGAGAAAACUUUUCAGGUUAACACAAUCUUAA